AGAUGAAUAAGGAGGAAAUAUGGGGUACAUUCAUUACAAUAAAUCCUAAAACGUGACUCCCCCAACUGCAAUUCAAAGUCACAUUGGGAGUAGCAUCAAAAUAGUUGAUGACAUGCCCCAUACUCGAUAUUUUCUACAUAUAGACUUGACACAAAAUAUUUAAGAUUUCAUUGUGCCUCUUUUUUCAAGGAAUCUAUAAUCUGAGUAGUUUUUUUUUUUAAUGGCUUCUUGGAAUUCACUUCCGCUGGAAGUGUUGUACAAUGUUUUGGGAUGGGUUGCAUUUGUGUCGUGGUCCAUUAGCUUUUAUCCUCAAGUCAUUUUGAAUUUCCGUAGGAAAAGUGUGGUGGGAUUGAAUUUUGAUUUCGUGGUGUUGAAUUUGACGAAGCACUCGUCUUAUCUCAUCUACAAUGCUUCCAUGUUCUUCAGUUCUGCUGUUCAAAGGCAAUACCAUCAUCGAUAUGGCAAUAAUGAGAUGAUACCUGUAGCUGCCAAUGAUGUGGCUUUUUCUACUCAUGCUGUUCUUUUAACAGCCUUUACCUUGUUUCAGAUUUUUAUAUAUGAUCGCGGAAAUCAGAAAGUCUCGAAAACUGCAAUAGCAGUUGUAUCUGUUGCUUGGUUAAGUGUUGCAGUUUGUGUGUUUGUGGGUAUCCCUAAGCAUUCCUGGCUAUGGCUAGUGUCCUGUUUCAACGCAUUGCAGGUUGCUAUGACAGUAACCAAGUACAUUCCCCAGGCUAUUAUGAACUUCCGUCGAAAGAGCACGAUUGGUUUUAGUAUUGGCAACGUUUUGCUGGAUUUGUUUGGAGGUUUAACGAAUUACGGGCAGAUGGCAGUGCAAUCUAUAGAUCAAAAUUCCUGGGUGAAUUUUUAUGGAAACAUCGGCAAGACUUUGUUGUCACUGGUGUCGAUAUUCUUUGACAUUCUCUUCAUUGUGCAACAUUAUGUGCUAUAUCCUUCAAGGAAAGAAGUUGCUUCUCCUAAAUUUGAUGUGGAGGAACAGAGGGACAUUGAGGGACGCUGAUUGCUGCCUCUAUUCAGUUGCUUGUAAAACAGAGUUAUUAAGUGGAAUUUUAUUUACAAGUUUCUGGUGGAGAGAAAUGAUGACAAUAGAAGUUUACAAGGAAAACUGAAUCUAUAGAAUGUGUACCAGCACUCUUCGUUGAGUUGAAACAUAGUUAAAGAAGAUGUAGUCCAUCAUAUUUUGUAAAUUCGCACGCACAUUUGGAAUCAAUAAGUAGUUUGUUUAUGAAUUUGCUUCAUCAUUUUUCUAACUUCAAGCAGAGAAUUUUUGAAAACUGUUUUAGGAGUAUUUCAAAUUUUUCAUA